GACACCGGAAGGAUUUGGUGAGGAGGGGCGGGUGGUGACGUGUCGCCGCUGAGGUGUGGGCGCAGCGAUCACUCGGGUCGCGGUGUUUCGCCGCCGCGGAGCAGAGACACGGAGACAGACAGAGAGACAGACAGAGACACAGAGACAGACAGAGAGACAGACAAAGACACAGAGACAGACAGAGAGACACAGAGAGACAGAGACAGACAGAGAGACACAGAGAGACAGAGACAGACAGAGAGACAGACAGACAGAGAGACACAGAGAGACAGAGACACGGAGACAGACACAGAGAGACAGACACAGACAGACAGACAGACAGACAGACAGACACGGCGGAGGCAGUGAUGGCGACCCGCGGGGCACGGAAGCCGCUGGUGGUGGUGAUCGGUUGCGGUAUAUCCGGCCUCGCGGCGGCGGCCAAACUCAGGUCCGGGGGGAGACUGACAGCCCGAGUGCUGGAGGCGAGCGGGCGGCCCGGGGGCCGCAUCCACAGCCGCGACUUCGCGAAAGGCAUGGUCGAGAUUGGUGCACAGUGGAUCCAUGGCCCGUCGGCGGAGAACGCUGUCUUCCAGCUGGCCUGCCAGCACAAUCUCCUGGAUGAAAAGGUGAUGUCCGAGGAGAACCAGGCAGUGCAGUCGGAUGGGUACCCGCCUGGCCGGUCAGUCUUUUACUCCAGCUCAGGGAAGAGGCUUGGACCAGAAAUAACAGGUCCUGCGAAGGAUCUGUAUUCAUGUAUUCAUCUCAAAGACCAAUCGAAGGAGGGACUGGUCCCCAGUUUGGGUGAAUUUCUGAAACUUCAACUUUCUCAGCACACGAGAGACUGGAAAGAGGAUGAAGAAGAUUUCAAGCUUAAACUUGCUAUGUUCAAUAUGCACAUCAAAUUGGAGUGUUGCCUUUUCGGGUCCCACAGCUUGGAUGAGGUUGGGCUCGAAAUCGUUGAGGAAUACAGGACAUUGCCUGGUAUUGAUUGCGUUUUUCCUGGUGGAUUUUCAACCCUCAUUGAUGCAAUGAUGAAAUCCUUGCCUGAGAACAUUGUGUCUUACAACAAGCCAGUGAAGUGCAUCCAUUGGAAUGGAUCUUUCAAAGGAUCAAACGUAAUGGAAAGUUCUUAUCCAGUUCUGGUGGAGUGUGAAAACGGCGAGAUGAUACCAGCGGAUCAUGUUAUAGUCACCGUUCCUUUAGGUUUCCUGAAGGAACGUUAUGAGACUUUUUUUCAUCCCCAACUUCCCUCCAACAAAAUUCAAUCCAUUCAGAAAAUGGGAUUUGGAUUAAACAACAAAAUCUUUCUUGAAUUUGAGGAGCCUUUCUGGGAGCCAGAAUAUGACAUGAUCAGACUGGUCUGGGAGGAUGAGUCACCAUUAGUUAGUCUGAGGCCAGAUUUGGAAAACGAAUGGUUCAGAAAGAUUUCCAUCUUCCUUGUCCUUCAGCCUGCAGAAAUUCAUGGUCACGUCCUUUUGGCUGUGCUUACUGGGGACGAAGCUGAAUUCUCUGAGACCUUAUCUGAUUUAGAAGUCAAAACUUGUUUGACACGUAUGUUGCGUAGAUUUACAGGAAAUUCAUCAAUACCUCUACCAAAGAAUAUUGUACGAUCGAAAUGGCACAGUGAGCCUUACACUAAAGGGUCUUAUAGUUACAAUGCAGUUGGCAGCACUGGAGAUGACAUUGAUAUGAUCGCACAACCUCUCCCAUUUGAACCAACCAAGGCACAGCCUUUGCAGGUGCUUUUUGCUGGUGAAGCAACUCACCGGACAUUUUAUUCCACCACGCAUGGUGCCUUGGAGUCAGGAUGGAGGGAAGCAGACCGACUAAUUGAUCAUUAUUCUUUAAUUUCCGUGGGCACAAGUUCAAAUCCAUAGAUUGUGAGUCAGCUGCUGGGCUUUGUGUAGUUAGUACACAAUAGUUUAAGAAUACUUUUAAAUGUUCCUACUGUUAAGGAAAAAAUUCUAACAUUACAAUGUAACACUGAAGAUUAUGAUAAUUUUGCAUCCUUUGUAUAUGUUGCUGGUUUACUUUUACAGGUAGUUACCAGUCUUGAGCUCAACGGUCCAAUGAUGAAUUACUGAUUCCAAAUUGAGUUAUUUAAUUGGUUCUUUCAUGCUGUAAAUCUCCUCUCUAAUGUUGUUGGAUUUGAAAAUGCCCAGCUGAUGCUUAUGCUCCCACAAAAUGCUUAAUUAAAAGUAUAAUUUUAAAAAUUUAAGAUAAUAUCAAAUCCUCCAUGGUAAGUAAGCUUUAUAUUUGGUAUCAAAAUAUUAUUAUAUAACACCUUUCACAUCAGAAGGACAUCAAAAAGGACAUUUCACGGGAUGUACUGUAAAAGCAGUGAAUGUCAAUUUUGUAGGGAAACGCGGCAGCCAAUUUGCACACAGCAAUAUCCCACAAACAGUUA